AUGAUUGGUUUUAUCGUAUUAUUUUUCCUUCUUUGUAUAGUCCUCGGUUUUUUAUCCGGUUUUUUACCAGGUUAUAUUUCAUAUUUAUUUUCAACCAAUAAUAACAAUAGAAAUAACACCGGGAUCGAUUAUUUAUACAGACACAACACCUUCGUCUACCCACAACAAACUACACCAAUUUUUUAUACUGCUCCAGUAAAUAGAACACAACCACAACAAAUUCAACAACACCACCACCACCAACAACAACAACAACAACAACAACAAGGCUCCCAACACCAACAAGGCUCUCAACACCAACAACAAAAUCCAUUCUCAAGGGCUCAAUAUUACCAUGUCCCAUCAAACAACCAAAUCUACCCACAUUAUUCUGCUAAUAUAAUUAUGACAACCGGCCCACAUCAACAACACCCACAACCACCAAAUGCCCCACCAGUUUUCAAUAAUAGAGGUGCUCCAAAAUCAACUCGUAGUACUCCAAUGAAGAAGAGACCAUUGGAGUCUGAUGAUCAAACUUAUAUUGGUCACAACAUGCGCCCCCUCAAAAAACAUAGAUUUGAAGACGAGGAAGAACAAAAAAGGGUCGAAACAGAAAAAGCACGUGUAGAAAUGGAAAAGAAAGAAAUGGAGAGAAUGGAAAGAGAGCGUAUUGAAAGAGAACGUGCAGAAAGAGAGAGAUUAGAAAAAGAAAGAUUAGAAAAAUUAGAAGAAGAAAGAUUAGAAGAGGAACGUUUAGAAGAAAUAAGAUUAGGUAAAGAAAGAGCAAGAAAGGAACUUUUAGAAAUAGAACUAGAACUAAAACAAUUACAAGAAGAAGAAGAGCAAGAACAAGAACAAGAACAAGAACAAGAAAAUAAUGUAUGCUCUAUAUGUUAUGAUGAAAUAGAAGACUCUAAAAUGGCAACAAUAAACUGUGGCCACCAAUUUUGCUACAAAUGCAUUAUUAAAUCUUCUAAAAUUAAAAAAGAAUGCCCAUUGUGCAGACAACCAAUCCGUUCUAUUAAAUUAAAGUACUUUAUUCGAUGUUUCAUUUAUGAAAUAGAUGAAGAACUUAAUAUUAGUUACAUUGCUAAAUUCAAAGUUUCAAGGAAUUAUAUAUAUUACAGUCUUCCCGAAUCAUCCAAAGCUUCUAAAAUUAGCCACAUCUGCAUCAUAAUUUUAAUAAUAUCUCAUCAUACAGUUCAGUUCUACAGAAAAAUGCAAAAAAAGGUUCAAGAUAAUACUAAACGUUCCAGUUCAACAUAG